AUGUCGAUGGACCCUCAUGUUGUUUUACUUCUCACCCUCAUCCUCCUCCUGGGUACCGGAGACGGCAGCCUCGCCGUCGGCACUCCGUCCGCGAUCAUCAGAACCACAUGCGCGGCUGUCGGCCAACCCGGCCGGGGAGUGGGUUACGACUCCUGCGUGGGCGCGCUCUCGGCCGACCCGGCCGCCGCGGCCGCCAAGGACGCACGUGAGCUCGCCGUCGUCGCCACCAACCUCACCGUGGCCAACGUCACGUCGACGGUGCUCGUCCUCGACGACCUCGUCAAGAACCUCGGGGACUGCCUCCGCUCCUACAGGGACAUGAACAAGAACCUAGAGGGCGCCCUCGGUGACCUAGCUGCUGGGCGCCUCAAAGCGGCGUCCGACAAGCUGCUGCAUGCCUCCUUCGCGCCCAGCGACUGCGACAUCCUCUUGCUCGAGGGGAGCGCGGAGAAGAACCCGGUGAGCGAGGAGAACAACGACGCCGGUUGGCUGUCCCGACUGGCGUAUGUGAUUGCUACCUUCUAG